UAUCUUCUUCCUAGGCUUAAUUCCAGUCGUUUUCAUUGCAUCAACGUACUGCUUCUUCGGGACAAGCACUUUUCAGAAGUUUCUCGUUUGUAGAUCGAAGUUAACGCCGAUCUAGAUUUAAAUUUCUACUGUAUUUAUCCAGUGAAACUUUAAAAUGGGUGAACGCAAAGGUGUCAACAAGUACUACCCCCCGGACUUUGAUCCGAAAAAACAUCGUAGUCUUGACAAGUAUCACAACAGUCAUCCGCUGCGUGAACGUGCAAACAAGAUACAUCUCGGUAUCCUGGUGAUUCGAUAUGAAAUGCCGUAUAACGUCUGGUGUGAAGGAUGCGGCAACCACAUUGGAAUGGGAGUACGAUAUAAUGCAGAGAAGAAAAAGGUUGGUAAUUAUUACACCACACCCAUCUACCAAUUCAAGAUGAAAUGUCAUUUAUGUGACAAUUAUCUAGUGAUGGAGACAGAUCCGAAAAAUUGUGAAUACAAGUGCAUCAGUGGUGUUCGGAGAAAGAACCAGAAAUGGGACAUGGAGGAGAAUGAGCAAGUGGUACCUGAGGACAAGGAAGAACUGAAGAAGAGAGCUGCAGAUGCGAUGAACAGACUUGAGCAUGGAGUGAACGAUAAGAAAAAAUCAACAUUAGUUAUGCCAACAUUAGGUCAGCUGGCAGAUAGACAAUCAUCCUGGAAGGAUGACUACGAGCAGAAUUCGAUGCUACGACGUAAAUUCAGGACUGAGAAAAAGGAUCUUCAUGCAAGAACAUUAGCUGAUGGUAAGCUUCUUGCCAAGUCCUCCCUGGAUAUUGAACUUGUGCCAGAGACAGAGGAAGAUAAACAGUUAGCAUCUCUUAUGAAAUACAACGUUAUACAGUCUUUUGAUGAAAAGCAGAAACAAAAACGCCAACAAAUACAAACCAAACCAUUGUUUUCAUCUCAGAAAACUGGACCAAGUCGAAAAACUGAUACACUUCUUGGCAGAAAUAAAAGUCUUGUUGAAAGCCUGGGUAACAAAAUGUUAGAUUCGGUGAGCAAAGUCUCGUUUAGUACGUCUCCAAAUAAACGACAUUACGCAAUGUCUGAUAUUGGUGUACGGAAGAAGAAAACGAAGCAAACUGAGACAAUUGGAAAUGCUCACACAGAUAUUUCAGUUAAACUUGAAAAAGAUGAAGAAAUAAGGACAUUUCAAUCAGAAGUAACGCAUGACGAUUUGUUAGAUGUAGAUAAAGAGAAGAACUGUUCAGAAUUAAAAAUUAAAACUAGACUACCUGAAGAAAAACCAAAGACCAGCUAUGAAACCUCCGACAAAACAAAAUCUAGUGUAAUAUCAGAAGUGCAUUCAACAAAGUUGAUUGAUUCAAAUGAAAAUACGGUACUCUCAUUAAAGAAUACGACUGGAAUACUUGUAUCAUGUGACUAUGGUAGUAGUUCAGGCGAAGAAGUAUGAUUGCAGAGGUCCCAAGUCUUUGGGAUGUCGCUGGAGUAUCCCGGAAUUCAGGACAGCCUCUUGCACUCCCGCAAGCAAGCCAGAACUUUCUGGACGAUAACCUGCAAAUUCAUAUUUGAAUGUUUUCACUACUGUAUUAUCAAAUGUCUCACAGAACUAAGUGCCGUUGGGUAUCGCCAUUCAUAGCAAAAUAACAUUAGGUAUGUUAAGAAAUCUCAUUUAACAAGUUCACCCAGAGGGAAUUUCUUCCAACUUGGAACCCCUGUGAUUGACACUAAACCCUGUAAGAUGCAGCAACCAGUAUUAUAUAAUAAUAAAAUAAAGAGAAAAUAUUUUUAAAA